AACUUGUUACCUCUUCUCUCUGCAAACUCAAAUCUGCUCACCCUGCAGCCUCACUGUUCCCAGGUGAAAUUCCAGUGAUUUGCCUACAGCAGGGCCACGAAACAGCCCAAAUCUGAUGUUUUAGAGUGCUAAUAUAGCCACUUUGCCCUGAGGAAAAGGGGGUGGGAAGGGAUUUCCUGAUGUGCAAUGGCUGCAGGAAAACCUAGAGCGAAAAAAAAGCAGAAGAAAACAAAAAACUCCAUCUCCCUGAUACAUCUGAUGUUGCGUUGCUGAGAGCAGGGAAUUCAGGGUGCUUUCAGAUUUCCAGCAGCAUCCCCCCCUGCCAUCCAGCCAGCACCCAGAAGGAGGAGCACGAAGUGUAUCCGAGCAGCAGCAGGGGUGAGGCAAACCCAUUGCAACAACCUGCAGCAGUCAGUUGUGCACAGCUGUGUGCAAUCGGUGCCCCUGGAGCACCCCGGGGUGACGUGGGGAGCAACGCCGAGCCUCGAGCUUCCUUUAAGCUCACGUUGACAUUGGUGAAUGUGUUUUGAAAGCAUCUCUUCCUGCAAGUAGAGGCCAUGGCCAGCGCGGGGGGAGCACGGGAUGGGGUUUGGGAGUGUUCACUGAGCCUCCAGCAGUGCCAGGAGAUGGAAACGGAGCCCUGCAGGCCCCCACCGCUGCCAGGAAAAGCUUGGAGGGCCAUGGCACGCGCCCGCUGUGCCAGCCUGGACCUGGGGGGCUCCAUAGCGAACACCCCCGUGUUGGACACCCUGGAGGAGCACCCACCUCAGACCCCCACCUCAGCCCUCAUCUACAGCAACGUGGGAGAGCUGCGCGCCCACCUCGUCCCCACCAAGGCCAGCCGAGGGGAUGGAGCCAAGAGAGCCCCCCUGCAGCCCAGCCAUGACCCCCUGCCUCCCCCCUUGCCCCAAAAGCAGCUGCAGCGAGCUGAGUCCCUCCCUGAGCCAGGCACACGGCAGCCCUACCACCGAGACCCCCCCGCCACGACUCAGCAGCCCUUGGCCUCAACACAAGGAUGGGGCACCCAGAAAACCCCUGACCAAAUCACAGAGCCUGGGAGACACCCGGGGGGUUGUUCUGAUGCCCAACUUGGCUGAUCUGACAUUUGGGACGGGGGACGCGGUGCUGGGCCCAAUCCUACAGGGUCUGGAGGACCGGACAGGGCUGUGUGAGGCCAUGGUGGGCUGCCAUGCUGCUGGCCUGGCCCGGCUGUGUGCCCGUGCCAUGGAGGGGCUGAUGGGGUCCUGGGGGGGGCUGCAGGCCAAGAUGGCAGGGCAGGGCUGGGCUGUGCUCAGGGUGCUGCAGGAGGAGCCAUGCUGCCAGAGCGGGGAUGCCUGGUAUUACCGUGUGGGGGUCACCUUUAGGAAAGAACAGCUGGAGCUCGCAGCCAAGGUCCUCAAGCCAGGCUGCUGCAGCACGGAGAUGCAGAGCUCCCUUGGAUCACACUGCAGCAUCCAGCGCAUCAUCAGCCGCUUCACCGACCGCCUCCCAGGGGUGUUGGUGCUCCCAGGUCACCCCGGUGAGCAGGGACUGUCCCCAGGCUGCCCUGCUGUUCCCCGUGUCCUGCAGGUCCUCCUUUCCCCAGAUGUGCCCUACCAGACCCUGGCAGGGUUUGUGGAGAGCUCCCGUGCACUGCAUAGGAGCAGCCCUGGGCACUAUGAACGCCUGGCAUGCCUCCUGCUCCUGCAGCUGUGCACAGGGCUGGAGCACCUCAGGGUGCAGAAUGUGGGGCAGGGUGACAUCUGCCCUGAGAACCUGUUGCUGGUGCAGUGCCCGUGUCCCCCUGGCAGCCAGCAGGACAAGGAGGGGUCUGUGGGGCUGUCCCUUCCAAGGUUGCUCAUCAGCAACUUCUUCAAGGUGAAAGAUAAGACCAGGCCUUGUUCCACCAGCCAAGAGUGGGACUGGACCAAGGGGUCUGCUGCUCUCCCCACCCCGAUGGCAGAUGAGCUGAACGUAGGCAUGCUGAUCUAUAAGAUUUUGCACGUGGAUAUCUCUCUGGAAAACGCUUUGGAUCUGAGAAGAAAUCAGCUUCCUGCAAUCCCCUCCCUGUCCAUCUAUUCCACGGGGCUCAAGCAUUUGACCACGCUGCUUCUCCACCGAGAUCCAUGCAAGAGGGUCUCCAUCAAGGAAGCCAGGCACAUCCUGCAGGUCCUGCUCUGGGGGCCUCGCCAGGAGCUCUUUGCUAAGAGCAGGAAGACGCUGGCCCUGCUCCAGAGCUGGCUGGAGAUGAAGAGAGCAUUGCUGCUGCUGAAGUUGGCUGAGAAGGCGGCUGCAGGGAGCCCUGGCCUCGAGGACUGGCUGUGCUGCCAGUACUUUGUGGAGGCCACCGAGCACAUGCUCUACCAAGUCACCCAGACUCUUUACACGCCAUAAAGACCAACUGCUCAGAAGGUUCCCCAAAGCCAAGAGCCCAUGGAGGCUCCAGCUCUUACCUCCCCAACUAAAGCCGGUCCUGGCUGGGAAAACUCAUUUCCAAAUCUGAAACUGCUCCCAGGCAGCACACGAACUGACCUAAGCAAGCAAGGACCAAACUCUCAGCGCAGUACCUUGGCUGCCACGAUGCAGAUGUGUUUUUGCAUCCUCAGCUGAUUUUUGCUCAGUGCUUUGAGUCCAGCCUAUCAGAGCCUCUCAGCAAAGAUAGCUGGAUGGAAGGCACAGGAUGAAGCAGCAGCUCAGCAGCUCAUUGCCCUGAGUUAAAGCGAAUAAAGCUCAGGCUUUUCCCAAAAAUCCCUCCUCCCGCAUGGCUGCUGUCAUUGUUUUAAAUAACAAAACAAAGCCACACGUUAUUGCUCACUUAAGACGCACUUACGGGAGGAGAAACGCAACACAUCAUACAGCCAUGUCCUUUUUAGGAACAGCUUGUGGCAUAGUCACAAAUAGAAAUGACAUCUCGGAGGAGGAAAUAAAGCAGCCACACAGCUUCAAUAAAACCCAGAGCUGAGCCUCUUAAAUGCUGCUCCUUUCUGUGCUUUCUUACAGCGCUAUGCACCCUGGGGAUCUGACGUGGGAGGAUCAUGAAGCUGAAGUUCACUGCUCCGUGGCAAUGAGCUGGAGCUGCAGGGAGCACUUGGUGGGUUUGUGGCUGCUGGGAGAUGCCUGCAGGUCUGUAAGAGACCCACUCGGGGUCCACCAGGAGCCAGCAACCAGCACAUCCCAUGCAUUGCAUAGCGAUACCUCUAGGCGCAUGGGAUGUGGAGAAGUCCACGUGAGAAAGACAGAAAUUUGAUCAUCCCAAAGGCCUGGCUGCAGCACGUGGGGUGGCAGAGAGGGGUUGGCACACUGGGGGCACAAGUCCAUUGCACGCAGUACUGGGCUGCAUAGCACCUCCUCCCCUCGAGCAGGGUUUGCUGGGAAGCACUGCUCACUCGUGGGCAAGAUGCUUCCAUCUGACUCAGGCUGUGACUCAGCUGAGAGCAGUGCUGCACAGAGCCCCAUAACCACACCUGUCCUGGGGCGUGCGAAGGGACACGUCUCAAGGACACACAGCACAUGCAGUCACUGCUCAGCACAGAGCAGCUCAGCACCUCGAUCCCCAACCCGGCCUGCACAGAGGGUGGGGUGUCAUGCAAGGCCC